AUGGAAACAUUUUCAGCCGUGGCGCGAUACAAAGGUGAAGGACGUAUGCGUCAAUUCACAGUUUUAAGUUCAUGGGAGUCGGUCAUGGGUGAGAUAUGUGCACGCUGGGCCGUAGAUGUUUCUCAAGUGAGAGUCAAGUUCGUAAUGCCUGAAGCAUACAGAACGCUUUGCCCAAUUGAGUAUGCCGCCGAUUUUGAACGAAUGUGUCAUAUAUAUCAUAGUUUCAACAAAUUUAUCAUAGACAUCAUCAUCGAGGAUGUGAGUGUCUCUGCAGAUGGAAACCAGGCCUUCUUGAUCCCAUCAGGGUCAUUGUCAGACAGCGUCAACCCCAGUGGCAAUAGUUUUCUGUCCCAACAUAAUUCUUCUGGGGCGCUCAGUAUUGCCGAAUUUACCGAUACACAUGAUGGUUCCACUUUACAAGUAGGCCAAUGGUUCGAGAAUGCAGAGCACUUUAAAGAUUGCCUGCGAAGCUAUGCUAUAAGGAAAAAUUUUGACUUUACAUUUAUAAAAAAUGACAAACUUCGGGUGACUGUAAGGUGCGCUACUAAGGAAUUCCAAUGGCGAGUGCAUGCUUCUAAAGAGGGAAUUCAUGACACAUUUCGGCUGAAGACAAUGCAAGCAACUCAUAUUUGUAGUGGAGGAAUUGGCACUACAGCACAUCCAAAAGCAAGCAAGAAGUGGAUUUGUGAACGUGUCAUACAUAAAUUAAAAGAAACACCAUUAUACAGAGCUGUUAACAUACAGAAAGACAUAUUGUGUGACCACGGUGUUCGUCUUCCAUACAAGCUUGCUUGGAUGGGGAAGGAGGUUGUGAGGUCAGUGAUUCAUGGUAGUGAGGUUAGUAGCUAUGAUUUACUUCUAUGGUACGCAAAUAAAGUAUCCGAGACAAAUCCCAGUAGCGUUGUUACCAUUAACAAAGACGGCGAGCGGUUUAAGAGUGCUUUUUUUUUUUCAUUCGAGGCUUGUUUAUUGGGUUUUAAGCAUGGGUGCAGGCCAUUACUUUUUAUUGAUGGAACCCAUUUGCUGGCCAAGUAUGGUGGGAUUCUGCUAGGGGCAACAGCGAAAGAUGGCAAUGAUGGCCUAUUCCAUGUAGCAUUUGCUAUCGUCGACAACGAAACUGAUGAGAACUAG